AUGUUCUCCUGCGUCAACUACGAACGCGGAUGCCGAGGUCGCUGCAAUGCCUCGGGCGGUCGAUGCGAGAACUGCGUCACGCUCAACCUUCAAUCAAUACGCACCACCAACUCCACCUCGAUGCCAUCAGUCAAUGCACGCCAAUCAGCAGCCUACUCAGCAAUGACCAAUUCCUUUGCUUCACUCUCGCAACUCAACUCGCAGUCGCAAAAGGCUCAAUGA